AUGGUCUAUGAGGGUGUGGUGCCUCCAAUGGCGGUGGUGCCGGUGUCGGCGAAGGCUCAGUUGACUCUACCAGCGGGGUUGGUUCUGGAUUCGCCCCUGGUUGAGUCUUCGCGGGUAGCACAGCAGCAGCAGCAGAAACAGGAGCCAGGACAGGAUCAACCAUUAGCAGGGACCAACAACGCUCUAGUCCCACCAGCAGCAGCAAGCACAUCUCUCGAAGACGUGGAUUCGAGUCUGACACCAGGAGGACAGGACAUACUUCCGUUCCCAUCAUCGAUCAUCUCAUCAUUCUUUAUGUCCCUCCCAAACUCGGAGCUCGAACCCGAACCGUCAUCGUACUUGGAUCCGCUAGAGAAGAUCUUGACAAAGGUCGAGAGGGUCGGUGCUGCGUCUAGAGUUUCUGAAGAGGCGGCUGCAGAAAUGGAGGCUUUGAUGAUGAUCGGCAGUGAAGGAGAGAACACGAACGCUGUAGAUGGUAGCAACAUCUUUAUCGCGUUGAGUAAGCAGGACCAGUCAGACGACAAGAAGGCGAAUGUGGUUCUCCCUAUGGCCAACGAAGGAGUGGCGGUCAAGUCGCCGGUACCGAUGCAUCUAUACCCAGAUGCGCCCAAGUCUGCACUCAAGAUCUCACCGCCUAGCUCAAAAGAUCAACAGCGACAGGGACAGAAGUUGGAGCAGGACAAGCGUGAUUCAGUCGUCGCAAGCCAGACGUCUCUCAAAGUCGGAGGACAGGAGGAGGAACAGGACAAGGACGCAUCGACUAACUAUCAGACAGCACCGUCGGCAUCACCACGACCACAAUUUAGGAUGCCUGCACUCGACCCGAUCUCUAUUGUGUUGAUGGGCGCAAGCGUACCAGGUCAACAAAACCAAAACGAGCAACAACAACAACAGCAAGAGCCAGAGGCACCACUCCUCCCCUGGUCAAAACCACCUCCCAACUUCCCCCCAUCCAUCGCCGCCAUCAUCGCCGCCUCGGCUUCUGCAGUAUCUACCAACAACCCCGCCGCCACCGACCCUUUCUCCACAAUCUUCGUCCACCGCGACCCAAACCGCACCUUGGGCUACAACCUAAUGGGCCUCCAUUGGAUCCUCUACCUCGUCGCCCAAGGCCUCGUCAUCUUCCUCCUCGUCACCCUCUUCCUCGGCGUCCUGAUCCUCACAGAGUUUGUCCUCGACCGCGAAGACGAAGACCUAGUACAGAUCCAGUACCUGUACUGGAGUCGCGUUGUGGGGAUAGUGUCCGCAACGAUUGUGAGUGCGGUGCAUGGGUCGUUGUUAAGUGGGUAUGUGAUGUUGGAGGAGCACACGGAUUGGAUUGCCAAGGCGGCUGUUGGGGCGAUUGUGGUUUAUUGGGUGGGCAUGGCUUGGAUUAUGAACCGGAUGACGGGUCCAUUGCCGUACUAG